AUGUCUGACAAUACCAUGUCAUUCAACCAAGAAACUAUGGUAAUCUUGUCAAUUCUGAUGGCUUUUCUAGCCUUUUCUAUAGUGCUAGGAAAUGGCUUGGUUAUUAUAGCAUUUGUGGUGGACAAAAACCUUAGGCUUCGGAGUAAUUUUUUUUUCCUUAAUCUGGCUAUUUCUGACUUUUUUGUGGGUGCAAUCUGUAUUCCUUUAUAUAUCCCUUAUGAAACAAAGGGUAGAUGGGAUGCUGGAGAUGAGCUCUGUGUAUUCUGGCUAGUUAUUGAUUAUCUUUUGUGUACGACAUCUGUGUAUAACAUUGUCCUUAUCAGUUAUGACCGGUACCAAUCAGUCUGCAAUGCUAUAUCUUAUCGCAAUAGACCAUCAUCGAUCUCAAGGACAGCCACUUUUAUGGCAGCAGUGUGGGUGCUGGCAUUCAUCGUACAUGGUCCAGCAAUUCUAAGUGGGAGCAGAGAUCAGAAUGAGAAAACACAAUGUAGAAAUCAACUUCUUUUUACUGACUAUUACAUCAUCACCACUUCCAUCUUGGAGUUCUUGAUCCCAACUAUCUUGGUGACCUAUUUCAACUAUUGUAUUUAUUGGAGCCUCCAUAGUCGCAGCAGAGGCAGAGGCAGCCUUGUUCCUACCCCUAACAUUUCUUCUUCAAUCCAAGGCAACUCAGUGACAUGUGCAUUCUUUCCAAUGAUGUGUCCUCCUAAACCAGAUGAAGUUUCUUCCUCUUCUGGGAAAAAGAUAAGAAAGAAAAGCCUCUUUGCUUCUUUUAGAACCCGAAAGGAGGAGGAAACAGCUUUUGCUGAAUUAACUUCUUUAUCCCACUUGAAUUCUGUGCCCAUUGAUUUGAGAGCUCAGCGUGAAUUGCUCAGAGACAGAAAAAUAGCCAAGUCACUUGCUAUUAUUUUGGGGGCUUUUGUCUUUUGCUGGGCUCCCUAUAUUUUAUUCACAAUUAUUCGUUUUGCUUGUAAUCAAAGGAGAGACAAUUCCUGGUAUACUUUUACAUUUUGGCUUCAAUGGUUUAAUUCCUUCCUUAACCCUUUUCUGUAUCCUUUGUGUCACAAAAGGUUUCGGAUUGCUUUCAUGAAAAUCUUUUGUAAGAAAAAGCAUACAUCUUCAACACAGUUAUCACUUUCUACUUAA